GGGCGGGUUGCGGAUGCUCGCACGUGUCUGGGCCAGCGCCACGUGACGUCGCCAUACCAGCAAGCCAAGCCGCGUGUCUGCCCGCAGCUAACAGGUCUCUGAGGGGGAUGCGGCAGGCUGGAGGUGCCGAGUAGACCGGGCAGGGCAGAGCGGGCGCAUCGCGUGGGACCCGCCAGCUGUCAUGGCUCUGCAGCGCGCGCCGGCUGCUAUCGGCCUGUGUGCGCUCCUGCUGCUCGCCGCCGCCAGCGCCGUCGCAAACGCCAGGAAAGCGGAGGCGCGGCGCGACCACUGCAACAAGACGGUGGACAUCUACGAAGACGUGGCGAGUCCCGAGGUGACGGCGGAGAACGUCGGCCGGCCGAUGACGUGCUGGUACCGUUUCCGAUCAUUCCGCGGCACCCCGCGCGACUGGGUGCUGCGAAUCCGCUUCAAGAAGUUCAAGGUGGGCGUGCUCCUCAACAGCACUCACUGCCUCGGGGGAUAUAUGCAGAUUGUGGAUGGUAACGCCAAAACGGACGUAAGCAACCGGAAGGAUCCAGGAGUGUUUUGCGGUGAGACGGAACAACCACAGACGUUCAUUUCUGAGACCAGCUUCGUCAAGGUUGUGUUCCACGCGGACAACUUCACGGACCAGACCUACUUCAGCUUUGACUCACGUGCCGAGCAGCAGCUGGAAGUUUACCUGCGCUAUGGGCAGCAUCCGGAACUCUACCCCAACAGGAGAGGGGAGGUCAUACCCGGAUCCUACUGCGAGCGAGUGUUCCGCGACUGCCGCCUGCAGACGUGCUACGUGCAGUCUCCCGCCUACCCAGGCGUCUACCCCAGGGGGCUGCACUGCCGCUACCACCUUAACACGAGGCUGCCCUUCAUCAAGCUCUACAUCGAGAACGAGGAGUUCAACAUAGACGGCCAGCGCUGCGAGAACAUCAUGACCUGUCCCAUGAGGCCCAUCUCGUCGGGCGAGCGCAACUGCCCAUACGAUUACAUCAAAAUCUAUGACGGCAAGGAUGAAUCGGCUCCUGUCAUAGGCGUGUUUUGCGGCAUGGGCAAGUUCCCGUACUCCAUCAUCGGCACGUCGGAGGACCUGCUGGUGGAGUUCUCGAGCUCGGCGGCGGGCCCGCUGCUGAACACGGGCUUCCACUUCAACGUGGGCAGCUGGCCGGGCCACGUGGAGACGGCGGGCGUGCGCAACGGCACGUGCGACUGGCUGCUCAGCUCCGAGGCGCUCGCCUCAUCCGGGGACUCGGAGGGCAUCUUCCUGAGCGUGGCCCACUGGUACCCGCCGCACACCUCUUGCACCUACCUCAUGCGGGGACGCCCCGGCGAGGUCGUCCGCCUCUACUUCCCCAGUUUCAGGAUAAACCGCAUCGAAGCGCCCAUCCAGCCUUAUGAAGGUGACUGCGGGGAGUCGCUGACGCUGUACGACGCUGCGUGGGCGGACGACGCGCGCAUCAUCAAGACCUUCUGCGACACCUUCUCCAGGGCCAUGGAGAAGCACGACUUCGUCUCCACCGGGAACGCGCUCUUUGUGCGCUUCGAGAGCAAGACUGGCAGCUAUUCUGGGUCUUCGCUGUACUACUGGGCGCACUACGACUUCUUCAACGCGAGCCGCAGCGGCGAGGCGGUGCGGGGCAGCGCCUGCGACGAGGUGUUCCCCGCGUGGCGCAGCGCCUCCGGCCGCCUGCGCUCGCCCCUCAACACGCUGGUGUACAAGCGCAGCCCCGACCACCACCACAGCGUGCGCUGCCAGUACCGCUUCAUCACGGACAGGAGGCUCUUCGCCAGGGUCAUCCUCACCAUAGAGUCCAUGGGCUUCAAGGACCACCCGUACAGCGCGGUGUCGUGCACGGACUGCUGGAGCGACCGCGUGGACAAGCUGCUGGUGUGGGAGCCGGCCAGUGACGCGGCGGGUGGCAACGCGUCCGCCUCGGAGGGCGCCACCAGCCGCUGCCUGUGCCACGGGGGCGCGCAGCAGCCGCCGGUGUCGGUGGUGUCGCGCUCCGAGCGGCUGGCGCUCGAGCUGCGCGUCGACGCGGCGCACGCCGCCGUCAGCUACUUCAAGCACCCGGCGCCGCUGUUCGAGGCGCGCUACCAGUUCGUGCACGGACCACUGUGCGGGCCGCCGCUGCUCGCGCCCGCCACCGAGGGCGAGCUGCUCUUCCCGCACUAUGAGGCUCUCGGGCACGCGGAGCCGCCCCGACAGAUCCGCUGCAUAUGGGAGCUCCAGGUGCACCGGGACCGCGACAUCUGGCUGCACUUCGACAAGGUGAAGUUCGCGUCGCGCUCGUGCGAGGACGGCCACCUGCAGCUUUUCCUGCCGGGCAAGACUGAGCCCUUCCUGUCGGUGUGCGGCAGCAACGUGAGCGUGCUCAAAGAGGUGCCCAUAAUCCCGGAGGCGGACAUAAUGGCUGCGGCGACGGAGGCCGCGGAGGCGGCCGGAGCGCCGGCGUCGGGGACGGGGGCGGGGGCGGGCGGCCACCUGCCGGCGGUGCGCAUCGAGUUCGCGGGCAGCGUGUGGCCGGCGCGCACCGCCUUCAAGAUCGCGUGGACCGAGCUGUUCCACCUGCCGCGCAACCCGGACGGCUCGGUGGCGCAGGCGGGCCUGGCGGCCGGCGACUGCGCCUACCUGUGCCCCGGCGACGCCGGCUUCUGCGUGCCGUCCAGGCUCGUCUGCAACGGCGUCGUCAACUGCCCCAACGUGACCGGCGCGCUGGGGCCGCACGACGAGAACCCCGAGCUGUGCAAGCUGCGCGGCGCCGAGCAGGUGGGCUGGGCCGCCGUGGCCGUGGGCGCCGCCUGCGGGGCCGUGCUGGCCGUCUGCUGCGUCGCCGCCGUCUGCCACGUCUGCUGGUGGCGCAGCAGGCUCUCCGGACACGUCGACCUGCCCUACCGACUCUCCUAA